AUGGAGCUGACCACGAUACUACUGCUAAUUGUAUCUGGAUGGACAAUUUGCCUGGCUUUACCUGUGCAGGUUGACCUUGAAGUAAAUAGAGAACCCAUCAAUGACAGUCUACUUACUGAGAUUAAAACGGUGUUCGAACUAAUAGAAGAGGCAAACAAAGGUAUCAGUAAGCCUCUUGUCCAUGGAGACAUUGUCAUUAAUACUGGCCGGAGUGUGAAGAAUUGCUAUGACUGCUUCUGGACAGCAUCUAAGAAUGGAGUGGUUCCUGUCCCUUAUGUUAUUUCCUCAGCAUACUCUAAUAUUCAGAUAUUGAUUAUUAAUGCGGCCAUGAGACAGAUUGAACUAAUGACCUGUAUAAACUUUGUUCAGAGAAAAUCAGAAUGGGACUAUCUCAGUAUAGAGUCUGGAAAUGGGUGCUGGUCAAAUGUAGCAAGGCAAGGUGGCAAACAGACCGUCAGCCUUGACAAGUCCGGCUGCCUUGGCUCAGGAGUAAUCCAACAUGAACUGAUGCACUCACUGGGAUUUUACCAUGAGCAUAGCAGGCACGACAGAGAUAAUCAUGUUGAAAUCCGGUGGCAGUACAUCGAUGAAGCUGACAAGUACAACUUUAAGACAGAGGACACCAAGAAUCUAGGCCUUCCAUAUGAUUAUAAUUCAGUCAUGCAUUACCAAAAUACCGCUUUCACUAACACCCCUGGUCAAGCUACUAUAGUCGCAAAAGGUGACCCUUCUUUUCCACUUGGACAGGCACUAGGGAUGAGUCACCUGGAUGUGAUCAAACUUAACAAACUCUAUAACUGCAAUGUCUGUCGUGUGAAACUAAUUGAGCUGUCGGGGUCUUUCUCAAGUGAUGAUGUCUCAUUUGGACAAGAUGAGAGAUGCCUGUGGUUAAUUCAAACGGAGAGUUUUAAAAUGGUUAAUUUUCAGCUCAGUGACGUUAAUAUCCCUACUUCGGCUCAAUGUUCUGACAGUUAUAUAAAGGUUUAUGAUGGAAACACUAAAAAGGACAAUGUUCUUUUGGACAAGACUUGUGGAAAUGGGAUAAUCCCACCUCUUGUUUCAAGCGGGAAUAGCAUGCUAAUAGAAUUUGUGAGCAAUCAGGCACCAAAUCUUAGCACAUUUAGCGGUGUCUAUAAGACAGUUUCCUAUGGAGGAACUUUAACCAGCCCGUUUGGAAUAAUCUUCUCUCCAUCCUAUGGCAAGGCAUAUCCCAACGAUAUAGAUGCUGAAUGGUCCAUUAUAGCUCCACCACAGUCUAAAGUGGUUCUGAACUUCAUUGAUUUUGACCUGCAAGAUUGCUCAGGUUGUUCCUGUGACUCUCUGACUAUAAUUGAUGGUGCCGGCCCAACUUCCCCAGUCCUGGGCAAAUACUGCAGCACUACUGCACCCGAUUCUUUGAAAUCUUCUGGAAAUGUGGUGAUAUUGAAAUUUCACACUUUAGCCCCCUUCUGUGAAAAUGAAGAUAUUCAGAGACCAGCAUUGAAAUCUGCAUAA